CGCUUCGUCGUUGCAAUUCGGGAUGACCGCUUGCCGGGAGAUGGAAAGAGACGGCGAUCGACCCGCCGAAGCGCCACCGUUUAAUUGAAUCAACGCGAAUUCCAAUUGAUCAAUGCUCAUUCGGAUCGCAUAUGUUCAAACCCAAGUGUGACUUUUCCCGGGCAAGACCUAUAUGCGGAGUGGAGAUACUCGUCGAAGAUAGGUCGAUUUUUGGCAAACGAUAAUUUUUGCUACAUAUUAGAGCAGUACAAUCUGGACCGACGCGAUUGAUUGUCUGAGUCGCAGUCGAGUGCGAUCGUUGGUGUCGUGCGGAGUUCUAGUCCCCGUCAGAGCGCUGAAUCUGUGAUCUACCGUCAAGUAACAAAAUGGUCUCAUCCGGCAUGUGCUUGUUGCUGCUGUUGGGUAGCAUCCACGUUACAUUGACUGCACCAACUCGACGACGCCUUGAAUCGGAAGGGUGCUCGAGGAGUUCGGCUGACUUGAGCGACUGCGUCGAGAACUCGAUUCAACACUUCGUCAACUUCAUGGCUAGCGGGAAACUGUCUCCGAAGGUGUCGAUAACGCCGUUCGAUCCUUUACACCUACCAAACAUGACGAUCUCCCAUCAAAGUAAAGAAUUCAAAGCAAUAUUCGUCAAUCGGUAUCUUGUGGGACUGAAAAAUAGUUUUGUUCACGAUACGAGCGUUGAUCUCAAAAAGAAAGAACUGAGCCUUACUUUGCUGAUGCCCGCAUUAGAAUUGCUUGGAAUGUACACGACUGAAUCCAUCGAGAACCAAGAAGCCACGGAAAACACAAUCCUCACCAUUUCCAUCAGGAGUUCAAUGGCCAAGUUUCGAGCUCGAGGGGAACUUUACAAGUCAAAAUCCAGUCAGGAUCACGUACGGCUCAACGUGACGGACAUCGAACUGGCGAUGGGUCACUACAUGAUUAACGAUCUGGACCACAGCACCCACAUCCCGCGGACGAACCGGCACUUUGACAGUGUGUCGCGGCCCGAAUUUGUCAAACUCAUCGAGAAGGACCUGCGAGUGCAGCUUGGCGCCCGGCUGCAGCACAUCGCCAACGAAGCGUUAGCGUUGGCGCCUUAUCAAAAGCUCCUUCCUGUAUGAUCUCGCACAAAGUCGGCCUUAAUAAAACACUGAGAAAAUAA